AAAAGCUAAUUCCCCUCUAGUUGAACAAAAUUCCCCUUGAAACAUCUUUCUUCAAGUACUUCAAGGGCCUAUAAAGAUGGCCGUUCUUCCAACAACACCACAAAACACUACAAACAUCAGGAAAACAAAAGAAAUGGCAAGGGUGAGAUGCACUCGUGGGGUGCUACUAUCGUUGCCGCAAGGCGUUUCAACCGCGCGAUGUCCUAGGUGCUAUGCUACAAUUGACUGCCCCAGCAACGAUGGUUACUAUCUCCCUGCAGCAAAUCAGUACAAUAAUGGUUACUACCACCGCCAACUGCCGUGACCAUUACCUCAGCUUUCACCUAUUUCAAUGCAUGGAAAGAAGAGAGCAGUGUUGAUCGGAAUAAGCUACCAAGGGCAGGGGAACAGUGUCAAGGGUAGUGUUAACGACGUAAGGUUCAUGACUCACUUUCUAGUUAAUUGGUUGGGCUUUCCAAAUGAAUCGCUCUCAGUCCUCACAGAAGAAGAGAGGAAUCCAUACCUGGUACCAACUAAACAAAACAUCAGGAUGGCCUUCCGUUGGCUCAUGGAGGGUUGCCAAUCAGGGGAUUCCUUGGUGUUUUUCUACUCCGGCCAUGGCUCUCAAGUGCCUGACUUCAAUGGGGAUGAGGUAGAUGGGUUUGACGAGUCACUUUGCCCUGUUGAUUAUCACACGGAAGGAAAAAUACUCGAUGAUGAGAUUAAUGCCACCAUUGUAAGGCCACUACCCUAUGGAGCCAAACUCCAUGCCAUCAUUGAUACUUGUCGCAGUGGAACUUUUCUAGAUCUACCAUUCAUGUGCAAGAUGAACAAGCAAGGAAACUACGUGUGGCAAGAUUGCCGAAUUUCAACUGCUUAUAAAGGUACCAGUGGUGGAACAGCCAUCUGUUUUAGUGCUUGUGAUGACAAUGAAACCUCAUUAGAUACUACGGCUUUCACAAGUGAUGUUGUGACUGGUGCCCUGACCUAUAGCUUCAUCGAAGCUGUGCAAAAUGAACGCGGUUUGACAUACGGCCGCUUACUUCACUCCAUACGCUCUAAAAUUCGCGAGACUCAGAAACGCGUAAAUGGUCCUAACACACCUUCUACACCGCAGGUGCCUCAACUCUCCUCCUCUGAGAAGUUUGACAUCAACUCGAAACCAUUUACGAUUUAGGAGCGCAUACAGCCAAGUGCCAGCCAAGUUAUUACUGCAACCAAGAAAUAAAUACCAUCGACUAAGCUAAGCUCUUGUUAUCAGAUCUAGAUAAAAUGGUUUCUUCUUCUAGUUUCACCGAAACUACGAGCGAUAAACUUUUACUUCAUAUGUCACCAUCAUCUACUAAAGCACCUGUUCAACUAGAUUUCUUAUGAAAGUUAGCAAAUGGAAUUAGCUUCUCUUUCCGGUCGGAUGCAUUAUUUUUUUGUUUGCCAACGAUGUAAUUGUAUCUGCCCGCGCAAUGUUUAGCUUC